AUGCCGUCAACACUAGCUUUGGUAAAUAUCGCACAAGGAAUUGUUUUGCAGUUGCGCAUCUUUAUCAACCGUAAUGAGAUUGCUAACAAGUUAAAAGAUGCUGAUCCAGUCUUUGAAACACCGUUAUUGUCUAACAAUGCUUUAGUACGUCUUAAAUCGCCAUUUCUUCGCGUACAUCUUUCGAACGAGGACACCAAAAACCUAUGCUACGAGCUUCGAGAUGACCUCUUGUUUGCUCUCUACGAGUUAGCAUCCCCAGCGCUGCAAGAUGGCCUAUUGAAGAAGCUUAAAGUCGGCGGGUAUUUGGAAUUCUAUGAUAUCCUAAAUGAAGUACAGAAACUCUCAGAACUUAAACCAGGCGCCAUUAAUAAGGAUUCUCCCAUUUCAGGGCUUAACCUCCACACAACACAUAUUGAACGCCUAGAAAAGCAUAAGUACAAGCUACAUUUCAAGCAUAAUUGGGAAGUGGACCUGGUCAUCGCAGACAUACGAAAGCUUACCAAAUGGCGGCGCUUACUACUUCUCAGAGGUAAUAUAUCUUCAAACAAUAAUCCAGCUCGUGGAAUAGGAUUUACAGUGCCUAACAAUGUACCUUAUGUUCUGAUCCCAAAAGCUGUUACAGACGAUCCUGAAGAGAUACCCCAAGAAAGUACAUCCCUUGCUGACGCUACUGACACUACUAAGGAUCCAGUACCAAACCUGCUUGAAGAAUCAGAAGAUGAAAUACCUGAAUCAGUAGAAGACGAUAAGGAACAGCAGCAGGCCUCGCAAGACAUUAAGAAGAAAGUUUCUGUUAAGUACAAAUACAGCACAGUACUCAAUCUUGGCAAUCUAAUCCAGGUACAUGUGCUGAGGAGGUCACACAGGAAUAAUAGAAGAGCCAAAACAUGA